GAUUAAAAUCAUUGCGAUACCAGGAGGAGUUGCCUGUUUUGGUGCUCAUUACCGAAGCUGGGCCCACAGAAGCUGUCCUUUGCAUACUGCAUCUGCCAGUUCACGGCCGGAGAUAUUUCCAUCUACGCUGUUAUCCCACGUAUGCUCCUGUUUAUCAUGCCUGGGUACUGACAGGCUGCGGGACACAAUGAGGACUGGUCUCCGUGUCAUCGCGCAGCCUGGAGCUGUCUGGCCUCAGCACGUUAGCAAGCUAACCAUUUUUUUCUAAGCAGAAGCCCUGCAUUGCUUCGACAUGCUAAAGGAUUUCAUGAACAACACACGGGAGGUUUCCUCCGACUUGACUGGAAUACUGCGCACGGAAGUGCAGCGAGGAAUCGUCAAGGUUUCCGACGACCGCAAGAAGCCGAGGAUCCACAGGGCGUCUGUUGCUGUCUGACAGCCCCAACCAAACAUGGCUUUACGGCUGCUUUUACAGGAUAUUACUGCCUCCGAUUUCUAACAUAUAAACAGGAGAUACGAGUUGACAGCAUAUGCAUCAUAAAGUGUUUGAAUGGUGGCGUACACACUGUGUGCUGUGAAUGGGACUAGGCGCUUACUGGCCACCGGCACAGGUUGUGUGAAAAGCACCGAGAUAUGACAUGCACAAGAAAAAAGAGGCUAGAAGCCAGGUGCAUCACCGUAUUUCAUGUAGACUGCAACAGACGUCUGGACAAGCAACCCACGGCAGGGCCCCUGUGAGGAUUAAGAGGCAAGAGGAGAGGUCACAACAACGAAGGGACUUUGCUCGAAAUGGAGCAAUGUGUCUUGAGGUGUUCCUGUUCAGUGUAAACUACAGAAAGGAAGCAACCACGAGUACGGAGGAACAAUCGGCAGACGAGGGAGGUGGUGGUGGUAUGGGUGGGGGGGCAUUUGGGAUGGCAAAUGGAAAUGAGAGCAGUGAAGGGCCUGUGGGGCCAAUGGCAGCAGUGGUGGCUACUGCAGAAGGCAUGGUAGCAGACAGUUCAUCCUCCGUUAUCUCUACGUAUAUUAAACUGGUGCUACUUGGGCUGAUCAUAUGCAUCAGUCUGGUGGGGAACUUGGUGGUUUCUCUGCUUGUACUCCGGGACCAGGCUCUGCAUAAGGCACCUUACUAUUUCCUCCUGGAUCUGUGCCUGGCAGACAGCAUUCGCUCAGCUAUCUGCUUCCCCUUUGUGCUGGUGUCUAUAAAAAAUGGCUCAGCGUGGACCUACAGCGUGCUGAGCUGCAAGGUGGUAGCCUUCAUGGCAGUGCUCUUCUGCUUCCAUGCUGCCUUCAUGCUCUUCUGCAUCAGUGUAACACGCUACAUGGCCAUUGCACACCACCGGUUUUACUCGAAGCGCAUGACGUUCUGGACAUGUGUGGCAGUAGUGUGCAUGGUAUGGACGCUAUCUGUGGCAAUGGCAUUCCCGCCUGUUUUUGAUGUGGGCACCUAUAAAUUCAUUCGUGAGGAGGACCAGUGCAUUUUUGAGCAUCGCUACUUCAAGGCUAAUGACACGCUGGGCUUCAUGCUAAUGCUUGCUGUACUCAUUCUAGCCACACAUGUCGUCUACAUGAAGUUACUUCUCUUUGAGUACAAGCACCGCAAGAUGAAGCCAGUCCAGAUGGUGCCAGCUAUCAGUCAGAAUUGGACCUUUCAUGGGCCAGGAGCUACAGGCCAAGCAGCUGCUAACUGGAUUGCGGGUUUUGGUAGGGGCCCGAUGCCACCCACUCUGCUGGGAAUACGGCAAAACUUGCACAACCAGAACCGGCGACUCUUAGGCAUGGAGGAGUUUAAAGCGGAGAAGCAGCUUGGCAGGAUGUUCUAUGUGAUCACAUUACUGUUCCUGGUGCUCUGGUCUCCCUACAUAGUAGCUUGCUACUGGAGGGUGUUUGUCAAGGCUUGCACAAUACCACACCGGUACCUCUCCACCACUGUGUGGAUGAGUUUUGCCCAAGCGGGGGUCAACCCUAUCGUCUGCUUCUUCCUUAAUAAAGACUUGAAGAAAGGGCUCCUUUCCCACCUACCAGCCUGCUGCAGGACUAAACCUCAUCUGCCACGAGAGCCUUACUGUGUCAUGUAACUAGAGAUGAUGAAGAAAAAAACAAUGGGCAGCCUACAGAUGUAUUGUAUAUUGUGCUUGAGUUAUUGUGGCAUUUGAUGCAAUGGAAGGUAUUUUUAAGCAGUGAGUGGCAACUUGUGAGUGUAGUGUUAAAACACUGGAAUGGUAAGCAUGUGUUUCCAUCUGUCAACCAAUUUUCACUCUAAAUUCAACAGCAUACAUGAGGUCAGAUCUUGACUUUCGAUAACAGGAGAAACAUACAUGUAAAUAAUAUGCAGUCACUGGGAAAACCAAGACAGACAAAUAAACUAAGCUUAAGAUUUUUAAAAAUUGCCAUUUAGAAAAGUCUUGAAUACAAAGGAUGUUGGGCUUGUGACAAACAGAAUCCUAAAGGACGUAACAAACCCGCUUUUAGUCUGAAUCUUAAUGUCAUCAUCAUACUGGAAUAACUGAUGAUUGUCCAGCAGCAGUGGCUGAUGAGAGUAAAAAAGUGCUCAGCUAGAUUCAAACCAGCAUUCGUGUUGACUCACCAGUUUUAUUAGAAUGUCAGUUUUAGUUCACAACAACAUAAAGUUUCCAGAAAUACAAACGUUAGUUCCAGAAAAGAUGUGGAAGGUUGUUUAAUGCAUUUAGCUAGUGUUUACAUUGUCGCUGAGUCAUAUUAAUCAAGUACCAACAGGUCAUUUAUGAUCAAAUGGAGGUACAGUGGACCCCAUAAACACCUUUUGGUGCUCCUGUAGUGGUACGGUACAUGGCACAGUUCACAAUUGAAACAUUUUAGAUUGACUUAAAAACAUGAAUAAAUAACAAACUGAGACUGGAGAAACCAAGAAUUGUUAUCCACUCCUCACAACAAAAUGCCCUCACAUUAUAGGGUGUCGAUGUGUUUUCAAGUUUCAGUUAUGUGAUUUAACCAUCAGUGAGGACGCAUAAAGAUGAUGAGGGUGUGCUGUUGAACACAGAUUUUAGCAGGACAUGUAAAAGUCAGAAUAAAGGGAGCUGCAGAAACAUGCUAACAGACUAAAAACCAAAGUAAAACAGGCGCUGCAGAGUAAAUGUACCGUAAAGAAUUGAUGCAGAAUCUCAAAGCAGACAGAAGGAUUUUCUUUCCUCAAACACACUGUUUGUUUGCUAGUCACUAAAGCAAACCUUCAAUCUGUGUUGCCUAAAACAUAUUCUCGUUGUUGCUCAUUAGCUCAACAGAAAAUAUGCAGCAGGGGAUGCUUUUCAAGCUUUGAACAUUUGCAGAUAGAACAAUUAUUUGUUUUUUCAUGUUUUGUUUUUUCCUAAGGACAAAUCUGAAGUUACAUCUGCAUCUGUUACUUGAGCAGCUUCGCCUUCAUUUUAAAGCAGAAAGACGAUUAGCUUUACCAGGCAUAGCAACCCAGGAUUUUUAACCCUCAAGCGACCAAGCUAUUUCAGUUGGUAUUCUAAUGACCGAGUGUGCUAUCAGGAAUACUUUUUUAUGAUUUUGUUUGUGUAUUUCACACUAACACUGUUUCCUUUAUCCAUGUUAGAUAUUCUGAAAUGCUCUAUUGUCAUCAAGUAUUGUUUUCAACCAUUUUUAUGCAAAAAAGAUUUAAAAUACAUGUUGUACAAACAAAAUGACACUUAAACAGUCCUUGUCUGUUAUUUC